GAGAACGACAACAAAAUAAAUGGAGAAGUGGAAAUGUACCUGAGGGAGGGAUAUUCCAGUGAAGCUCCACCUCUUCCUGUGUGCAGAUAUACACUAAGGGCAGCACAUAUUGGAGACAGACAGGCAGAAAGAGGGUCUACCUGGACAUGGAUCACCUGUUGGUGCUGUUGCUGUUGAGCUCAGGACUCCAGGCUGAAGGAAAACACAACUCAACAGAGUCUGUCAGGUUGGUGGGAGGAGAUAGCCGCUGUGCAGGAUCACUGGAGCUGAAACAUCAGGGAGACUGGAAACAAGUGAGUGACACUCACUGGAACCUGAAGAAAGCAGCGGUUGCCUGUAAAGAGUUGGACUGUGGCUCUGCUGUUUCUGUAGGGUGGAGAGAAGAGUCCUCAGACAGAUCUGUGUGGAAGAUCAAAUAUGACUGUGUUCAGUCUGGAUCUGCUCUGAGGGAGUGUGCAAGAUCAGAUUCCUCUUCCACCAUUGUGAAUCUCAACUGUUCAGAAUCUGUCAGGCUAGUGAAUGGGACUAGUCUGUGCUCAGGCAGACUGGAGGUGAAGACUAACCAGUCUCCCCAGCGGUGGUCCUCGGUGUGUGAAGCUGACUUUGACCAGCAGGAUGCAGAGGUGGUCUGUAGGGAGCUUGGCUGUGGGGCUCCUUCAGUCCUUCAGGGGGUGCACUAUGGAGAAGUGGAAGUCCCAAUGUGGACCAAAGAGUUGCAGUGUGGAGGCCAUGAGUCUGCUCUCCUGGACUGUAGAAGCUCAGGCUCAGAUAUAAAUGUCACCUGCUCACCUGGCAAAGUAGUUGGACUCACCUGCUCAGAGCCUGUUAGGUUGGUGGGAGGAGACAGUCGCUGUGCAGGAAUAGUGGAGCUGAAACACCUGGACUGGAGACCAGUGAUUAACUAUGACAUCACCCCAGAGACAGCAGCUGCCACCUGUAAAGAACUGGACUGUGGCUCUGCUGUUUCUGUAGAUGGGAAAGAGGAGUCUUCAUACAGAGAUAUGUGGAGGGUCAGCUCUGACUGUGUUCAGUCUGGAACUGUUCUGAGAGACUGUGUAACACCAUGGCACUUUCACAUCGCCCUGAAUCUCACCUGCUCAGAUCUGUUUCAGCCCAACAUCUCUGUGUCCUCGUCCAUGGAUGGGGACUCUGAGGCCCAGCAGCAACGCUUUCAGGUGUUCAGGGGCUCCACCUUCAACAUCAGCUGCUCCAUUCAGCCACAGUACCCAGGAGGCUCCUUUCAGCUCACCUUUACCUCCUCGAACUCCGCACACAACUACACCCAACCAGCUGUCAAUCACUCUGCCCACUUCCUGUUUCCUGCUGCAGAGCCCGUCCACCAUGGAAAAUACAGCUGUGUUUAUCACGUCUCUGUUUUAUCUCAUAACUUCUCCUCCGAGAGCCAUCUGCUCUCUCUCGCUGUCUCAGACCUACUGCUUCCACCCAACAUCUCCUUGGACGGGGACUCCGAGGCCCAGCAGCAAGGGUUUCGGGUGUUCAGGGGCUCCACCUUCAACAUCAGCUGCUUUAUUCAGCCACAGUACCCAGGAGGCUCCUUUCAGCUCACCUUUACCUCUUCCAACUCAGCACACAAUUACACCAUGCCUGCUGUCAAUCACUCCGCCCACUUCCUGUUUCCUGCUGCAGAGCCCGCCCACCAAGGAAUCUACAGCUGUGUUUAUCACGUCUCUGUUUUAUCUCAUAACUUCUCCUCUGAGAGCCAUCUGCUCUCUCUCACUAUCAUAGAUCCAACACCUUUUAUCAUCAGAGCGGUCGUCCUGCCGCUGACUCUGCUGUUGGUGAAUGCUGCCCUUUAUCUUUACUGCUAGCAGGGGACAGAAGCCGGGCAUGCAGGAAAACAUUGAGCUGGAUUAUUAUAACCUAGGUGUCUCUGCAGCUGAAGGAGGGCUGACCAAUUAGGAAGGAGCUCAUCUACAUCCAGAUGGAUUUCUGACACACAACCCACCAUCAGCUCUUUCCUUUAAACAAUAAGGCUGUAAUUAUAAUAUUACAUUAUGUAGGGCCUUACUCUCAACAUGAAAAGACCAAAACAUCAAUGUGUUAGUCUCUUCAUACUUUCUGACUUCCUGUCUGUGGCCCUCAGCAUCAUUGGUUUCUACUGAAGAUGUAAUCUUUAAAAACACCUAGAAUAUAAAGUUUCAUUUGAAAACUAGACAGAGAAAGCAGGAGUACAGGAAUCCAAGCAGCCGGUGCAAUUUGAAACCAUGGCGACAUUAUGUUUGUGAACGAGUAUUGCCAUUUAUUAUACUUUUGCCAAAUCCUGUCAGAAUUACGGCAAUCAAGAAAAGCUUUAAGUGCAGUUAAUUGUUUUUGCAAAAAUGUAUCGUCAAGUUUGUUAAAAUACUGACACGCUAGCCGCUUCAACAGAAAGCUGCAACCAUCUUGCUUGUCUUCUGAAAUGCGUCAACGGCGCUCUUCUUUACAGUCUUCUUUUCAAACACACACCACAUGAGUUAAAUGGUUGUGAUUGACCCGUCAAAUCUGAAGUUGCUGGAAAUCUGUUUGAACAAAAGGGGGACCAGACGCAUCUGCCAGAGCAAAUAGAAGAUGAGCUUUUAGAUUCAUCUGGUUCAUAGGCAAGGCUAGUGAAACAUCUGCAGCCUGUUGCACCAGCUAUGUGUAAGUUCUCUCUUAGGUUAGGGUGUAAAGUCAUUAAAUGAUACAUUGAAAUUAGUUAGUUUGAUACUAAACUUGUUUCGAUGUUUGGUUGCACUACGGAGACGUAAGGUUAAUCUUAGUUACUCUGGCAUAAAGGCCACACUAAUCAAAAUAUUGUCGCAGAGAAUGACAUUCUCACUUCCAGUGGUCAAUCAGGGAAAAGCAGUAUUAUUGAUGCAGUGUAUUAAUGUCCUGUCAGGGUUGUCUCUUGGGCCCAAUUGUCUUUGAACACUUUGCUAGCAAUAUCGAAGCUAACAGCUAAAAAUAGCUAGCUUUAAUCACCAAACAACAACAACAACAAGGUACGUAAAGUAUGACAAAGUAUUAUAAUUAUGUGAUAAUACAACCCUAACCUACAGUUAGUGCAAAAGAUAGACUGUAAAAAUAGUGCACGUAGCAGCAGUGAUGUCAGCCAUUGGUUUGUGGACUACAGUUUUGUAGCCUUGAGUUUGGCAAAAGGGGGGAUGACCCAGCCAAACCAGAAUUGUUUAUGGUCGCAAUGGUGCUGCACUAUGCUAAAUGCUAAAGAGAGAAAGUUGCCAUCAUUUAUUAAUCAUUCAUUUCUUAUUUUUGUUUUUCAUUUGUUUGUUUAUUAGUUUAGUCUGUAGUUAUUAAUUCAAUAAAUCUUCAUUUAUAAA